AUGCCCAAGUGUCCUAAAUGCCAAAAGGAGGUUUACUUCGCUGAAAGGAAGACGUCGUUGGGUAAAGAUUGGCACUCUGGAUGUUUGAGGUGUGCCAAAUGCAACAAGACUCUCACUCCUGGCCAACACGCCGAACGUGAUGAUCAGCCCUACUGUAACGUUCCAUGCUACGCUGCUCUCUUUGGUCCCAAAGGAUUCGGCCAUGGUGGAACGGAGAGUCACACCUUCAGAAAUUAAUUUAUAAGUUUUUCAUUUUUAGUUUUAUAAUUUUCGUCGAAUUUCUUAACUUUUUAAAAUAAUUUAAUAAAAUUUUACCUGCUUCUAAAAUUAUUUAAUAUAUUUUUAUAUCCUUGAAUAUUGAUUUUGCUAUUGUCGGUGAUAAAUAAAUAAACUGAAGAAUUAAA